AUGAAGAAGAAAAUGAUGCCAAACAUCCCCCCUGUAAAUGCAAUGGAAUUUGUUGUCAUUUAUGCAUUUUGUCGUUGCAUCUUUCAUGAUGACGCGCUUGAAGUGAUGUUUAUAUUUAAAUCUGUUGCAUUUGCUACAAUCGCGUCCAAAUUCACUUCCGACACUGAAAAUUGCGUUUUUAGCACUGAUAAGGAACUGAACGAACUUGACGAUGGAAGUUUAAGCACCAAAACUGAAUAUUAUGCGCAUUAA